AAACUACCGAAAAAAACUAGUUUCGUUCGGAAAUGCGAGACUGGUGAAGUGCUACAAAUUUACCCACUAGAGGGAGGGAGAGGGUGGGGUGUGGUUUGGGAGAGCUAAAAAUAGAGACAUAAGGUUAUGGUGUGUGUGUGUGUGUGUGUGUGUAAUGGAAACCCUGGGUACACACAUCUUGGUGACCCACGCACACAUGCCAGCGUUGGGGCAAUGUCACGGCCCGCGCGGCGAGUGGCCGCCGACAGCCUUGUCAAGAUUAAUUAAAAGCGGGAGGAGGGAACAUUUUUUUCAUAUUAUAUUUUUUUUCUAUGGGGGAAGCGUUAAAUUAGUUUCACUAUUAACUUGAAAUACAUAAGCUAGUUGCCUCCAGUCUGUUGCCUACUAUCAGACAACCGAAAUGCAAGAGGAGAGCCACACCGUCAGCAUGUGCUGGCAAACACUCCGAGGCAGUGGUUCUCAACCGUUGUCUGUGCCCACGCCCUUUUCAUCUCAUGAAUUUGUCUCGGCUCCCUGGUCAGAAAAAAUAUAUAUAAUUAGGCUAUUAUUAUCCGACAUAACUAUGACGGCAAUUAAUAUACUUUACCAGUUAUUGUAGCAUGACUUAACCAUAGACUCCAUGUGGUUACGAAUUUUGUUGACAGACAAAAUGACAUUCAUAUAAUUCCAGCCUCCUUGUUAUUAAGAUAUUGAAUUAUUGAUCAACAAGAGUGGCACCCCCAGGUGUGUGGGUUCGUACCCCCUGGGGUACCGGCACCCCCGGGUUAAGAACCGCUGCUUUGAGGUGUCAUCCUUGGUGAAUUAUAUAUUUGUACCACACUGUAUCACAUAGGACUAUAUCAAACGUGAAGUCAUUGGGAUGAGUUCGGUGUUCCCCGUCCAAGGAACACCUGAGCUCCAUUCACCGCUGUGACCUUCGACAAAGGCAGUGAACUUCUUGGCUCCGCAACACACAGAGGUCACGGCCGUUAUUCUGCAAGCAGCUCGGGGCCGACGGUGCCUCGCCGCGGGUUACAACAGGAACAAUGGCCAGUAGUCGGCGGACUGAUCCUACUGCUAAGUUGUCGGGGAAAGUAAAUAAAAAAGUUCUGAAAAUAUGAAUAAAACCCAAAAGACGAAUCCGUGCAGGAAGCAAAUAAUUCAAUGUCUCAACAGCCCACGCACCGCAUGGACAUCCCAGCCACUGCAUGUCUAACCAUUUCCGUGAAGAAUAAGAAGCGAGCCUUCUCUCCCUCCUCAGGCCCCAAGAGAGAACUGCCCCGGUGAUGGCCGGCGUGUGGCUCCGGCCCGGCCCCCUUCAGGCAGGGGUAAUCUCGGACACUCCCCCCCCGCCCGGCCCGGCCCCCGCCUACCCCAGCCAGCCCCCGCGGCCCCGACUCACGGUGAUGAACGCCGCCCUGGCAGCCCGGGACCUCAGAGGCUCAUUGAGGACACCUUCAAUAAGGGACAACAGGAGGAAAACAACAGACAAGUCCUUGGUGACGCCCAGAGACCCAAGGCGCAGGCACCGAGGCGCCCCACCCCACGGCAACCGGCGCCUCCGUCGUCGACCCUCACAGCCGCCCAAAAGGCCUCCGCCCGCCACGCCCGCGCCCCUCACAUGGCCGAUCAAGACGCCAGGAGGGAGGAGGAGAGGCUCCCGAACCUUAAGACUCAAACGCUCGGUGGUCCAGGGAACAAUAGUGCGCUACAGUGGCUCCAGGAAUGUCAAGUUCCGGCUCCAGGGGCCCCUCGCCCUCUACCUCACGCUGGCCCCGUCAGGCGGCGGCCUCACACUUAGCCACUUUCAAGCUGACCGCUCGUGCUUCCAGGUCCACAUGUUUGAGGAGAUCCCCGCCAGCAGGGAGGGUGGCUGGCCGGUGAUGCUGCAGGUGCACGGCGGCGGCUACCUCCACGCCAACGCUCCCGGCCUCCUCUCUUUAAGGACCAGAGCAGCGGGCGUGGCUGCGGUGACACACGUAGACGGUUCAUUCUUCCGCCUCAGCUCCUACACUGGUGACAACACUAUAAAUAUGAAGCACAUACUCACAGGACUCCACAUUCAGGCCACGGUGAACGCUGUGUCCCUGGUCAGUGCCAACCCUGCCGCAGCUGAAGGAAUGCUCUUUCAUGAGUUUGAGUGCACCUGACACCUGGGGAAAGUUACUGAUGGUGGUGUCAUUCUCCAGCAUGAUGGUGUGGUGUGGCCUGCCCAGGUGACACGGGGAGAGUCUGACUGGGUACUGAGCAGCUUCACUUCAUAUACACCCAGUAUCUGUGUAGCGAAGGUGUGGCUUAACCCGGUAGCAGCGGGGAUCAUGUUUCUUAAUGGUCCCUCCAAGUGAGAAAAA